AUCGUAAGUCGCUGCAAGAUUGCUGUACACACCGAGCGUAUCGUGGUGGCAUGGCCCACACUCCUUCUCCAGUAUCCCUCUGGCCUCCUCAAACAGCCCGGCCGCUUCAUCUAUUCUGAAGAGCUGCACACAGGCCAGCCCCAUCUGGUUCAGAACCACCCCAAAGAAAGCAGAACUCCUCUCCCCAUAACCCCUCAGCUUCUCAACCGCACUCGCGAACGAAGCCCUCGACUCCUCAUACCUUCCCACCACAUAAAGCAUCACCCCCAAACGGGCCUCUAUUCCGGCAACCGUGGCCAGCUGCCCUGGCUUAUCCUCCAAAAGCUUCAUAGCUUUGUGCAACAGCUUCAGGGCCUCCUCAGGCUCGUUGAACAUCUCGUAGAUGGCCGAGAUCUCGGUGAGGCCGGUGGCGAUGUCCUCCGGCAAAGUCCCCGGGACAGGCUUGGCAUAUAUCCUGAGGGCGUUCUCGCAUUUGCCCGUCUUGUGGUAGAGCUCGGCCAGCCUGGCAAAAACAGAAGCAACCGAGGGGUGGUGGUCACCUCUGGAGGACUUGAAGACGGUAAGAGCCUUCUGAUAGGAGAAGACGGCCUCGUCGAAGCGUGUGAGGGCCGAGUAGAUGUUGCCGAUGCACACGUCGAUGGCAGCGACCUCGGCCUCGUGGCCGUGAGCAAUCAUGGCCAUGCUGGCGAGGACGAGGUGCUCGAGGGCCGACUCGUGAUCGGAUUUGGCCUCGCAGAUGAGGGCCAUCAGACGGCGGUCCGUGGCCUCCUCAAGGGAAGCAGGCGGGCUGUGCACACGAUGGAUCUCAAGGGUCUUUUUGCACAGCCUCUCCGCCUCCUCGAAUUGCAUUGCCUGGACAUGGGCCUCCGC